AUGGCUGGACAUAAGGACGUUUCGGAGCCUAGAAAAGUGAAUGCACAAUCAAUUAUUCUCAGAGAGACGGCUGGAGGAUAUGACGUUCUGCUACAGCUGCGAUCAAUGUCCAUGAAGUGCAUGCCUGGUCACCUGGCAGCUCUAGGCGGUUGCCGCGACAGAACUGACAAGGAUAGCCGUGAAACUGCACUUCGAGAAGUUAAGGAGGAAUGCGGGCUGAUCACCAAAUGUGUGUCAAAAGGGCCAUCCAAAUUUGCAGAAGGAGAAAAAUGCGAUUGGUAUGUGAUUGUACUGCGAAGCCCAGCUUUUGAAGCCAAAGCAAAGAGCCGCAGUGAGUGUGGUGAUAUGAAAUCCGUCGCAUCCCUUUUGCCUUCGUCAAUGCAACUGGCGGACUGCUAUGGUCAUGUCUGGCUACCAACUUCUGACCUGGAAAACAUCGACCCAAAGUUGCCACUGAUGGGAGGGCUGCUGAAGCGCAUCGGUGAAGCUGUGAAUUUCCUCAACCCCGCGGCUAAAGAUGCUGUGCCGGUGCCAGUGGCGAAGUCUGACCGAGUGGAAGAAAUCACAGCUGCGGUGCAGAAGCUUUCGCUGGAGCUCCCUGAUGACCGGUGGUUGGACCUGGAGACCAUCUGCAGCUCCGAAGAUGUGAAGGCACUGGCUGCGACGGGAGAAGAGAUCCUUUCUGCGGUUCAAAGUUCCGAGCUGUUUGAGGUCAGAGAGGAUCGCGCCAUCCGUGUAAUUCAAGAUGCCUGA